AUGUCGGAGCAUGCAAAGCUGUUGAAGUUUGGAGACAGCCUGUACCGAUGCAAGCAGCUCAAGCGCGCAGCCCUGGGGAAGAUGGCAAGUGUUGUAAGGAAGCUUGCAGACCCACUGAGGUUCCUGGAGGAAGUGCGACAGCACCUGUCAAGGCUUCCGUCGAUAGACACGUCCUCGAGGUCGAUCAUUGUCUGCGGAUAUCCAAAUGUCGGAAAGAGCUCAUUUAUGAAUAGGGUGUCCAGGGCGCAUGUUGAUGUCCAGCCAUAUGCGUUUACAACAAAGAGCCUGUAUGUUGGGCAUUUUGAGUAUGAGGACCUGAGGUGGCAGAUUAUUGACACGCCGGGAAUUCUGGAUCAUCCACUAAGCGAAAGGAACACCAUUGAAAUGCUG